AUGGAUGGUCCCUCGCAACGACUCUCCAGACCGGAGCUGCCGCCUGGUCCAGCCUCUUAUCCCUCGACGUCCUCGCGCAACCCUUCCCCUUAUUCUAAUUUCGGCAGCCGUUCGCAAGUGGGCCUUCUGAACAACAAUGCGAACAUAGAGGCCGACCCACGAAUUGUCUUUUUGUCUCGAAAUAAUGAUUCGGCUGAGGACAGAUCCAGCUUGCUGGAGCAGCCUCCAGUCACCUUCACUGCCGUCACAGACAUUGGUAGGAGACAGUUGGCACCGUUGGACUUCUGGCCAGCGAUUUUGAAAUGGUAUUCGACAGUAUUCUUGACCGUUUUAUAUAUUGGAACGGCCGGUGCUAUCGUGGCACUCUGGCUCGCCGCUGGGACUAACGGUCAAUAUCACUUGUCAAGCGAAAAUGUUCGCAUGAUAUCCCGUUACUUUCCUUCCGCGCUGGGUACCCUCAACGUGAUUCUAUUCCGCCAACUUGUCCGUGAAUAUAUCAGAAUGAAACCCUUCGUGGCGAUGGCGGAUCAGGGCGAGACACGCUUUGGACAAGAGCCCAGCAAAAGUGUCAGUGGGGCUUUCUUUCCGUGGCAGGAUAUCUCAAUCACUCGAGGCCUGACCUCGAUAAUCUCCUUGCUCUGUCAACUCAUGGUUGGAUUCAUCGUCAGUUUGAAGGUUGCACUGUUGGCCAGCGGUCCCGCCACCGUCGAACACAGCGGCGAGGAUGCGACAGCAAGCUGGACCCUGACCCUCCGAGUGUGGCCAGCCAUCUUUCUCAUCAUCGGGCAUGUCAUAAUGGCGGCAUACGUGAUCUGGGUUGCUUACCUUAAUCGCGGAAAGUCGACUGGCCUCAGAUGGGACCCUGUCACCAUUGCCGACUACACCGCUCUGUUUGCACAAUGCAACGUUGCAGAGUACUUCUCGGCCCUUGAGUUGCUCCAUGACCGCAAAGCAAAGAAAGUCCUGUCGACACAUCAUCUAUUUCGUCUGGGCUACUGGAGAAAGAACGUUACUGGAAUGCCCGGUAGAAGUCGUUUGGUAUACGGCAUUGGCACCACUUGGAGCGCAGCAGAUCUUCCGCCAACUGCAUUUAAACCCACCUGGUACGAUCGGCUGACUGGAAAUGACAAGGGACCCACUCCAGUAGACGAUUGCGAUAAGUACAGGGGUGGUGACGAUGAGCGUUUACCCUGCAACCAAGGAACAUGGCCAGACUGCGAGCACUAUCCCUACCGUCAUAGCCCUGGUUGCGGAAAGGGCUGGAUCAUUUUGUCGGUGAUCCUGGCAUGGGCAGGACUUUGUGUUGCCAUAUACGGACUGAUCAAUGGCAUUGUUUUCCAUGGCUUCCAUCUAACAAAGCAUUGGAGCAUGCCGGAAUUGUCAGUUUCUGCUGGCAAUCACACCUUUGACUUGCCGCCUAUCGACCCGACGGACCCAGAAUCUAAGCUCAUUGUGUACGCUCUGUUGUUUCGCUCGGCGCCAGUCUAUGUUGCUGGCGUGUUCACAGCGACGAUUGUUGAGUGGGUGGACUUGAACAUGCGGUUCAUGCAACCAUUUAUCAACAUGUUCGGCCAUGCAGGGGACGCCGCGGAUACCGUUCUACUCGCAUAUAUCACCACGUCCCCACUCCAAGUCCCUAUCACGGCGAUCGAGAAAGGCCAUUACAAAGUCGCAGUAUUCUCAAUCUUAAACACCCUCUCACCACUUUUCCCAAUCUUCAUCGGUGGCCUUCUCCAGCUAGAAGACGACGGCAAGAAAGUCAAGUUCAAUUUUUCACUGUCAGCCUAUAUUGGUAUCAUGGUCUUUCUCAGCGCUUGGAGUGUGGCAAUGCCAUUCGCAUUCCCGAUUCAGAAAAGGCUGCUCCCUCGCCAAUUUUACAGCAUGGCGGAUUUAAUGGCCAUGUGCCACAAAUCCUACUUCCUGCAAAGGUCUUAUCUUGACUUUGGGGACAACCGUCGCACCCCGACGAAGGACAUCAUGGAAGCUCGUAUCCUUAUGUCAGGAGACAGAUUCUUGUUCGGUCAUUACACGGACGACGAAGACAGAAAGCAUAUUGGAUUCGACAUUCACAGCACCGUGGACUAUAACACCGGGAAUGUGGAGGAGACCCAACUUGUGGUCGCCAUCACGCCGCCAGGUGAGAUAGACAAGCUCACAAGCCAGACCGUCAGAACGAUGACGAACCUGCUCCGUGGUGCGGGCAGGGUCCAAAAGAGCAGCAAAGGUUUCGCGGCAUGGCUACGGCGAACUCUGCGAGGCCAGCCAAAACGCCCAGAAGAGGCGGAGAUGGACUUCCUACCUAGGGGAUCUGCCACUGGUUCACACCUUGAGGGGCAGGAAGCACGCCAGCGCCCUGCUGUGGCAUUCGCUGCUGAAUUGAACUGA